CUCGAUUGUGCGCGAUCAUUGCUUUCAAUACGAUUAUUCAAGGCUGUUUGGGGCCGCGUCUCCAUUUUAACAUCUUCGCUCAGAACUGCUCGAUCAAAUGAAAAAUCCACCAAAAUAUCAUAUAAAGAUUUUUUAUUUUGAGGAAAUACGGAGACAAAUUAUCAUCAGCUGUUGGGGUUGAUUUUAAUUUGCACGAAUUGCACAUAUUAUGAUAGCGGCACGACGAUUAUAGGAAACUGCAUGACAGUGUGCUCUUAUAUUUUGCAUAUCGAAAAGUGAUCCAGGAUGAAUGCUGUUAUGUGAAUAAUCUCAGUUUAAGUGAAGGCAGAUGUAAAGGUGUAUGACAAUGCAUCCGAAAAUAUAAUUUAAUAAUGGAAUAUUUGGGUGAAAUAUUUGCUCUUGGAAUUGACACCAUUGUAUUCGCUAUUUGCUUAAAGCAAUACAACAAUUACAAGCAUGCGGUUAAGGCAGUUGAGAAUGUUGAGCUGUAUGAUGUUGGCACCGAUCUUAAAACUGUAUUAGAUAACAGCUCGAAUAAUAAAGUGGAUUACAUCGCUGUCAGAGGAAUUGUAAAGCCGUUAGGAGAAUCGUUGAGAAGCAUUAAUAAAAAGGAUGUUACCGGUGUUAUACAAAAGCUUAGUGUCAGAGAGCAUGUUGUCGCUAGAACAUCAGCUGGUUUCUGGUCUGAUCAAAAACGAACCAUUCAAAAAAUCUAUCAUGUGGUACCAUUUGCUUUGCAAAGGGGAUGGUAUUCUGUGGAAAUCAUAGAUCCAUUGUCGGCUGACAUUUUAGAUUUGGAUGUGAUCUCUGAUAAUUUUCAGCCCAGUGUACCUUCGUUUGUAGAUCAUAUAUGGGGAUUUUUCACAGGAGUGCGUCAGCGUGGGAUACAAUCUACAGAAAAAAUGUUGCGUGAGGAUUCAGUUAUUACAGCAAUAGGUGAGCUUUCAAAGUCAGAUGCUAAAUCUGACUCUCUUAUCUUGCAACCUCCAUUAAGUGGACCUCCUUUUUACAUAACAAGCAUGUCAAUUACCGCCUUGAUACGGAAAUUAGACGAUCGUAGAAAGAUAUACAGGAUAUUUUGUUUAAUGACUGGUGCCGUUGGAUUAUUAAUCGGAGGAAUUAUAGCAAGACGCUACUGGAAGAAUAAGCAGGAGCAAAGAUUAGCAGAGGAGUUGCGUCAGUCGCUUGAAAUGUCUCGUCAAGCAAGACGGCAACGAGUCAGAGAUAGGGAUCUUAGAGAAGAUCAACUAUGCGUAGUUUGCAAAACAAACGCGCGUGAAAUUAUUCUAUUACCUUGUGGCCAUGUAUGCAUAUGCGAAGAUUGUUCAUCUAGCAUCAAUAAUAAUUGCCCCAUUUGCCGAACACAGAUCACUCAAAAAGCAGCAGCAUAUAUAGUGUGAAUUUAAUUUUGACACAAAUUUAUAGCUAAAAUAUUUCAGAGUGAUAAUACUGUAAAUUAAAAUAGUACUGUU